CAAGGAUAAUUCUGUGAUGAUUUAUAUGAAGGGGUUGCCUGAUAUGCCUCGUUGUGGGUUUAGCUCACUUGCCGUUCGAGUAUUAAAAGUAUACGAUGUUCCUUUCAGUGCUAGAAAUAUUUUGGAGAAUCCAGAGCUGAAAAAUGCUGUAAAAUCCGUCAGCAACUGGCCAACUUUUCCCCAAAUAUUCAAGGGAGAAUUUAUUGGGGGUUCGGAUAUUGUUCUCAAUAUGCACCAGACUGGUGAACUAAAGGAAAACUCAAAGAUGUUGCAACAAAGCAAGAGUAGUCCUAGUAAGCUGAUUGGUGGAAGGAGCCACCUAGACUAU